AUGGCAGCUCCGAGCAGAAAGCAAAUUCUAAGACUAAUAACACAACUUGGAGCUUUAAUUUUGACCCGGUUCGGUUUCUGGAACUGUUUUAGCAUGCUGAUGCUUUUCGCCGAGCGCGCCGAUGUAAAGAGGAAGCCAGAUAUCCAGGUACCGUACUUGUAUGUUGAUAUGGGAGUAGCAGUACUGUGUGCCAGUUUCAUGUCCUUUGGAGUAAAAAGAAGAUGGUUUGCUCUUUGUGCCGCCAUUCAGUUGGCUUUCAGCACAUAUGCGUCCUAUGUGGGUGGAUACGUCCAUUAUGGAGAGUGGUUAAAGGUGAGGAUGUACUCAAGAGCCAUGGCCAUUAUUGGAGCAUUUUUGGUGCUGGCCAGUGGAGCAGGAGAAGUAUACAGACAGAAACCUCGCACACGCUCUCUACAGUCCACUGGCCAAGUCUUUUUAGGAAUCUACUUAAUCUGUGUGAUUUACUCCCUACAGCACAGUCAGGAGGACAGGCUGGCAUACUUAGACCACAUCUUUGGUGGCGAGAUCACAAUACAGCUUUUGGUUGUGCUCUUUGGUGUGCUGGCUCUCUCCUUUCUCUCAGGUUACUACGUGCGCUUAGCCUCUCAGAUCUUGGCCGUGCUCCUCCCUCUAAUCAUCCUCUUUAUCGACGGAAAUGUUGGCUACUGGCAUCGCACGCGGCAUGUUGAGUUCUGGAACCAAAUGAAGCUGAUUGGGCACAACGUGGGCAUCUUCGGGGCAGUACUUAUCCUUGCAACAGAUGGUUAAAAUCAGGGAAAUGAGAGUCUUAUCCGAGUUACCAGUCAAAGACUAUGUCCAAAAUUGCAUUUCAUCAUACUAAAUUGUCAGAAUACAAUACAAGUGCAAGAAAAUAGUACAAUAACUCUACAGUAAGUACAAGAAGUAAAACAAAAGUGAUUUUCAUAUAUUCUGUAGUGUGGUACUAUCUGACCGGUGUUCAGUUAAAAACAGGUGUACUGUUUAACAUAAACAUGGGUAAAUGGACAAUACAAAUUAUAAAUGACUUAACUUUACCACUGGAAAAGUGAAUUGUCCAGUAUACCAUAAUUUACUACAUUGAUAAAAUACAUUAAUUGACAUUGAGUACCAAAAAAAAUUUAAAUCAUUAAAAUAAUUAAGCAUCUAUAUUUUUUCCAGUGCAUUGGGGAGAAAAGUACAUACACUUCAUUUUAGAGUCUUGAGUUUUCCCAGUAUCUAUUUUUUUGUAAAACACAUAGUAACAUCAGUUGCAAAUACACCGAUCAGCCAUAACAUUAUGACCACCUCCUUGUUUCUACACUCA